UUCGUGCUUAAGAAUAAAUCGGGUUUAUACUCCAGAUAAUACUUUGAGAAAUAAUUUAUUGUAACGUUUUAGAUAAGUUUUAUGUACGUAAGUUAAACAUGGAACAGUAAGGAAUUUGUUACACAGAGAUAUGAAUAUCCGCGUAACUGAACUUAUUUUACAUUCAUCGCUUUAACAAAGUCAUGUUGGAUAUAUUUGUUGAACGGUUAAAGAGUGUUAUAAACUUUUAUGAACGAAAUAUUGAACGCAGAGGCGCCCCAAUGUUUGGUUUCUAUGCACUUCUAUAGAAUACGGCGUUCAUGGAUCUAUGCCACUCAAUAGAGUUGUAGUAAAACAGCGAUAAUUAUAUGACACUUUAAAUCUAUACAUUGGAAUAAACAUGGACAAGGGAAGAAAAUGACAGAGCAGGGUGGGGAAAAUGUCGUCCCUGAGACGACGGAAGUUACUUCAGACCAGGGAGAUAAUGUACCCGGUGAUAAUGUGAAGGGAGUUAAUGAUAAUCAGGAAGGAACUGCCGGGGAUGUAAAUAAUAACAAAGGUGAACUCGAAAAAGGUGACAGUAAUGCUGGAAAUGACGUACCUGAUGGACCAGGUGAACCAAAAGAGGUGAAUGGGGAUGCAGAUGAGAGUAAUGGUGACAACGGAGGUGGUCAGGUUCACGAUGAAGUAGUGAAUGCAAAGCAGGAUAGUAAAAGUACGCCUCGAAUGGGCAUGACUGAAAAGGAACCUGAAGAAAUUGAUCAGUUUGACUCGGUCUCGAACGCCGUCUCCCAGCAUGAACAACCGAAACAGCAGACGACAAAACCACGCGAGGAAGUGCACGUGCCACAAGAGACGGAGCGGACGACAACAGCACAAAAAGCAAAGAAGGUUAAGAAAGGUAUAUUUGUGUCAUAUUCUCCCGACGCUGGGUUUGUGGAAAGAAAAUUUGUUGUAGAAACUAUUAGACAAUUGAAAGAAAAUAAUCUAGCAGAAGAUAUUUGGUUUGACAAGGACGAAGACAAUACUGGAAGUCCCAGUUGGUUUUCGCUGAGAAUGGAAGCUGUAGAAAAGUGCCGGGCGGCCAUCAUGUUUCUAUCGGACAGUUAUUUCCUGUGCCCGGUAUCAGUGUAUGAAGGUAAAACUUUAAUAGAACGAACUAAAGCUAGUCCCCACUCCGUUGCAAUAUUUCCCAUUAUGUUUUCCCCGGUUGAAAAGUCGGAACCUCCCAAGGAAUUUUACCCCGUUAUGAAACAGGCCGUGGACCUGACGACAUCGGAGGUCAGUAAACUAAGCCUGGCGGAGAAGACUUCCGUUGUCAUAGGAACAACUAUGGAAAGCCUCGAAAAAUACGCGUCAAUGAAUCUCCCGCUGCAGAUCACCUCACCGUUGACUGAGUUUACAGGAAACUACCGGAAAAAGAAGAUAUGUCAGUGGGAUGUCUGGGAUUUACAGGAGUGGCUGUUUAAGCUGGGAAUUAAAGAGUUUUACCGACAGAGUCUGGCUGAGAACAUGGUUGACGGCUUCUUGCUCAUGUCGCUCACGGACCAAGACAUGAUAGCGCAGCUGGGCAUCGACAGCCGCGUGGUCCGUAAGAAGAUCAUGCAGAAUAUUCUGCUGACGCUGGACAGGGAACACAAGGUGACCGACAAUUGGCACCUACGGGCGCGUGCGCAGCGGCCUAAACCGGAUGUGGUGUACAUGAUCUACGACCCAGCGGACGUCAGGCUAGCACAGAACAUGAAAAUAGAUCUCAGGAAAAAGAAUCUGCAGUUUCCCAAGGAAGGCAAGGUGAUACACCACGAUAGCCACAAGCUGGGCCAUUCGAAGGAGGAGUUCUUGGAGAUCAACGGGCCUCAGAUCGCCAUGGCAACUCACGUGAUCGUCAUAGUGACGGAGGCGGCUGCCAACUCCCCCUUCGUCUUCCACGAGGUGUUAUUCGCUGAUUGGCUGGGGAAGAAGCUCGUGUCAGCGGUGUUUAAGAACAUCUGGAUGGGCCUCAGGCCCGCUAUGAAGGCGGUGCUUGGCGAGUGCCCGGCGAUCGAUUUCGAGACUAAAAUGUAUUCAGAGAGCCUGGACGUGUUGGAGCACCACAUCAAGCCCCUGCGACGCGUCCCUGGGGUCGUACUGGAACAGGCGUACCUCAAUAAGAUGGCCGAGGGACUUAAACCCUUUGAGGCACUGGGAUACGCCUAUAAUGGGAUGUCGGCGGUGCCUGGCGGAGAUGGGGAGCCGCUGGUGUUCAUCAGCUACCAGUGGGACAUGCAAGCGAAGGUGGAAGACAUCAAAGCGGUUCUGGAGGCGGGCGGCCUCAACUGCUGGGCAGAUAUCAACGUGGCGCCACAGCCCAAUCGCACCCAUAGCAGCAAGAGCGGGCGCGGCAGCGUCUCCACGCACGACGGAGGUUCGGACACGCUUCAGUCUCUUAUACAGCGGAACAUGAAGGCGUCGUCCGUCGUCCUCACAUGCAUAACGCCCAAGUACCUGCAGAGUGAUAACUGUAAAAAAGACAUUAUGUUGGCGGAGACAUUCAACAAGCCGAUCAUCCCGGUGCUGUUGCGGUUCUCUCCCCUGGAGAGCGCCCCAGACCAGAUAAGGAAAAUACUGGCAAGACUCAGUUACAUCGACCUCAGCAAUGACAGACUGUACAAACAGAACAUUUCUUUAGUAGUUGAAAAGAUAAAGAAAUAUGUCAAUCAGAGGUAAUACCUCUUAGCACGAGUGCGAAAUGAGAUUAGAUAGGUAAUCCAUCUUAGAUUAACCAGAAUACCAAAACGUCUUUACUUCGUCGAUUGAUUUUGCUCUGAAAUUUACAACCAUUUCAUUAUCAUUAUGCCCAGAGAGUUGUUCAUAUGUUUCCCCGUGUCCUGUGUUCGGUGCUCUAGUGAAUUAUGUGUGUUCCAUGUGCUGUUCUGACCUUAAGCAGGAACUUGUCUUGUCAGUUAGAUGUCCUUACUUAAUCGCGUUAUUCAUGGAAACAAAUUAUAGAAUAGAUGAUCGAGUGUUUAAAACAACCGUAUUGUACCUCUGAAGACAUUUAAAAGUCGUUUCCCAUCGUAACCAAUUUAUUUAUGCGUAUAAUAACUUAAAUUUCUUCGUGAACUGCCAUGGAGUGUCGGAACUUAUGACUUAGCACAUACCAUAUCCAGAGCUUGAAUUUCAAGCUAACGACUGUCAAACCUAGCUUAUGGGUUCAGUUAGAGAACUCGCAUCUUCUGUGAUAUAUGUCUUAGGCUAUGUUGUAUAUCUUGUUCUUGCAUUUGACUGUUUGCAGGACAAUUGACUGUUAUUUAUGAGUAUAUUUAUCUGUAUCAGUACGUUAUAUAUAACUAUCUGAUGCACAUCACGAGUGAAAAUAAAAGAUCCUAAAACUUAAA